AUGCAAAUAUCACAGCUUUUCACUGCCCUGUUGGUAAUGGGUCUCGUCUCAGCCGCACCCACCGACGAGUCCCAGCUCGUGGAGCGAACCUGUUCCGGUGGCAAGAAAUGGGGUGAAAAUCUCAAUUCCGCCGUUGAUCAGGCAGGAAGAUGGUGCGAGGGAGACGGGGGUAGUGAAAGCUAUCGCGCUGGUCAGACUAAGUACGGCUGCUACAAUUUGCCUUUCGGCGAAAACAAGGCCGAGUUUUGGAUUCAGCGCAAGGCCACUACUGGAGGCAGUCUUACCUCACCUCAGUGUAAUGGGUAUAUGCAGGAGCAGAUCAAUAACUGCGAGAGCGGUGGUUCCGGCGAAAGGAAUGGGUGGUAUUUCCGAGCUGAUGUCAAUGCGGGCCGUUGUUAG